CUGCAUAACUGUGACAUCUACGUAUAUAUGUUUUGAAACAGGAGUUUCGAAACGUGUUAUUGUUUACUUCAGAAGAGCUGUGAUAAUCUAACAUUCAAAUUCCAAGUCUCAAAAUGACGUCUCAAAACAAUUCAACUUGGUGGUUUGAUUGUAAUCAAGGAAAAAAAGAGCGUCCAAAAUUUGAAAAACCUAAUAUAAUUGGGUACUUUAGUUUGAAUAUGCAAGGAGGAAAAAGAGAUUAUGUGGGAGAUUAUUCGCAAUUAGUUUACUUGAGCAAAUGUAUGCUGCGUGAACGAAGAGUUCACUUGAAUUUAAAUAAUGGACUUGACAAAGCUAUCAGAAAACCAGUUGGGAAGGACGAAAGAAUUGAUUUUAUACUUACCUGGAUUCUUAAUAAUUAUAAUAAAAUAACGCUUGAUCCUCAACCAGAACCAAGUAGAUGGUUGAAACCAGAAUUUAUAUGUUAUCGAGGAACAUUGACAAAAAUUGCAACUUCAAAUUAUGAUGAUUCUUUAGCUUGGAUAUUAUGUGCUGUAAAAUUUCAUGGUACUAUUUAUAUAUGUUCAUAUGACACAGAAGAGCAAAAACAUGAACAGCUCAACCGAACACCUAAUGAUCUUAAAUUCACAUCAUAUGGUUUUAAAUUUGAACAAUACAUGACUGCAGAUCACCCUAAGUCAAUGCCACGGACAUAUGAACCAGUUAAUGAAGGGUCAGAGUUUAGUUGCGUUUAUACAACUAAAUUAAAUGAUAUGCAAUUAUUGUAUCCUGCAGAAAUGGACGCUGUUGAUUCUGAUGUUUUGUUAGAAGAACCAAUUGAUUGGAACAAAAUAAACUUUGUUGAGUUUAAAACCAGUAAAGAACUAAACAGACACACUAAUCUAGAAUAUUGGUAUAGAAAAGUUAUUAGAUGGUGGUGCCAAAGUUAUCUGGUUGGAGUAAGAGAUCUUUUUUGCGGUAAUAGAAGUCAUAAAGGAAUUGUCUAUAGAGUAGAUAAAAAGUCAGUGCAAUCGCUUGAACAUGAUUUGAGGGAAUACAAUUGGUAUGUUGAAGAUUGCUUAAAAUUUUGUGAACAGUUUCUGAAUCACUUAAAAACUGUUGUUAAACAAGAUCACGACAAAUGCAUUUAUAAAUUCUACAAGCCUGCAAAUAGUAGACAAGUUGAAUUAGAAAUUCUACCUGGUGAUUCAGAAUUAGCAUUUUUACCACACUGGUUUACGGAUCCAGUAAACAAAAUAGUUGCUUCAAGAGACAAUAGUUUUUAAUUGCAAAAAAAUAUUUUUUUAUAAACUCUUUAAAAAUAUUUUUAACGCACAUGCAAAUAAAAAACUUGAUUACUAAACUGAUUGUCCCCAUAUCUGAUUUA